UCUUGGCAACAGAAAAUUGGAACAGAUUAUAAAAGAAAGCUUUUGACAAGCAGCCAGUGUCAAUGAUAUAUAGAACUGGUCAUUAAGAGGCAGGGACUGUUAUUUUGGUUUCCACAUUGAUGGCUGCUUGAGAAGACAUUUGAGAAUAUGGAAGGACAUCUGUGUCAUAAGUAUAAAUAUAAACUUUGAUGGAAGUUUUGAAUCAGAUAUUUAUAAUUUACUGCUGUCCUGAUGGCUGGGUCCAUACCAAGCCAUGAAAAUGCAAGAUCUCCAUGUUGUAGGACGCAACUCUGACAUUCCAACCCAUCACCAUCAAUACCGCAACCGAGAACUUCUGGAAGCCGUUCUGCAGAAGAAGGACGGUGAACAAAACAAAAGCGAGACAGGGUCACGUAUCUCAGCUCUCAUCAGCCGCCAAAAUGGCAACUUAAGCCGUCCGUCAAGCUUCUCUCGUCGAAGCAUCAACCUGUCCCGCCAAAGUCUUACGGAAACUCAGUCACAUGACUCGGAGAGUGACUUGUUCAAUGAAGAACGAUGUUAUUCAGGGACCGAAAAAAGCAUAUUCAGCCUCGGUCUACUGUCGUUAGCUGCACUGGUUCUCGUUGGUCUGUCACUACAGCUGCUGUUUGUGCUGUACCAGGAACAGAAUGCAGUGCAGCUGGGCCAUGUCUACCUGUUCAACAGUACCAGUAAUUACAACGACCUCCUGGAAGUGACAACUGCGCUCACCACCCUAGUCAUCAUGCUCAACGCGUGUUGCCUUAUGGUGUGUGCAAUGCAGUGUUUUUUCGCUUCCAAGAUACUUAACGUCAAUCAGGGAGACCAAAGAGCUUUUAAGUACCUGAAAGAAUGUUCUAGUAGUCGUUUUAUUGCUGUGACGGGCUUCUUCGUGUCAAUCCCGACGUUUCUUGUGGUGAUUGUAAUGUACAUACUCAUGAAGUUCAAGUCUUCUCUAGCUCUCGUAUCGACAGUUGUUCUAGGUUUUGGCAUCCUGUUUUGUGUACUCAGUGUGAUGCAGAACACAUACCACUGGCGUCUGGAGAAAAGCCGAGCAGAUGAUGGUCUGCCUGUGUUUGAACGGUCCAAGAACAACAUGGAAAUUUCCAACCCCAGAAAUGAACUCUCAACUUUAGUUUAACAUAUUACGAGCAUACAAUGUGGCUUUGAUUCCCAACUGAAAGUUUGCAAAAUAUAUAUAUAUACAUAUAUAUAUAUGUAUAUAUAUAUACUGGUUUAUUUUGUGAUGGUGGAAAAUAAGAACGCUUAACCGGAUACGUGGUUGAGUGGUAUUUAGAAAAGAAAGAAAAAAGUCAUUUCAAAUGUUUGGUGCCCUCUACAAGGAGAUGGAGAGAUGAGAUGAAUAAAAAUUGGAAAAAUUUAUAUGAAACCAGGAGCUGGUCAUUUUGAAAUUUCUUAGACUCUGAAAUGAAAAGAAAAAAAAAAUUAAAUGGAAAUUGAAAUUAAAAACACAAACAAGAAACUAUGAACUACAAGCAAUUAGAAAAAUAAAAUCCAGACAUAUAAAUAAUAAUAAUAAUAAUGAUAAUAUUGAUAAUAAUGUAAUAUAAAAGAACAGGCAGAAAAAUGGUGGGGGUGUGACAUAUUCAAUAUUGUUGAAGAAGUGUAAAUUAUUAAUGAUGAAAGAAAAAAGAUUUUCCAUUUAAAAAAAUAAAAAUAGCAAUUAUUUGCUUAUUAUAUUGAAUUAUUAUCCAGAAUGAUUUGUAACUGCCAAAAAAGAAAAAAAAACACCCCAAAAGAUGGAAAAUAACAAAAGCAAGAUGUUUAGUAAAAGAAGCCUAAAAAUGGAAAAAA